AUGACACAGUAUUUACCNCAGGAGGAUAAAUCUGUCAAAUCUAAUAUGGAGAAGAAGCUCGCUGAACCAACCACAAAAUCGAUUCCCUCCUCUCCUUCCGGUGCAAGUAUUGGAAACACUGAUCUGGGAGAUGCUGCAUUGGGUCCUUCCUCUGAAGUUGAUGCCCAGUCAUCUGAGCCAAUCCAUCAAAAAAUUUGCACAGAAAAUGACCAAACCACUUGUUCGAUAUUUGGUUUUGAUUCAUCAGAUGAAGCUUCUGCCAGAAACACGAAGGCAGAGAAACAGAAUGUGGUGGUUUCAGAUACUACCUCCAUUGAUGCCAAUGGGAAAAGUUUAUCGGCAGAUACCACAGAUAGUUGUUUCCUAGAACCUGCUGCACAAAGUGAAGUAGAAGAAAUAGACAAGACAAAAGUUUCAGUGUGUGUAUCUGCAACUUGUGCGAGUGCAAAGCCUGCCAUAAAUUUCUUCUCAGACACUACAAGUGGACCUGAUCCGCAGAAUGGGCUACAUGUUGCGGCUUUAAAGCAAACUUCUGAUGUUAAACAUCUUGGUGACUUAAAUAUUUCUGUGGAGGAGGGAAAUUUGGAUGCCUCUCCAAUUGGUGAUAAUCAUGGUGCUGAAGUUUCUUCUUCUAAACCUGCAAUUGACUCCUCAGGUGAAACUUCUUUAAAGCAAACUUUUGAUGUUAAACGUCUUGGUAACUCAAAUUUUUCUGUGGAGGAGGGAAAUUUGGAUGCCUCUCAAAUGUGUGAUGGAGUUGAUGUUAAUAAUGGUACUGAAGUUUCUUCUUCUACACCUGCAAUUGACUCCUCGGUUGAAGCUUCUUUAAAGCAAACUUCUGAUGUUGAAUGGUUUGGUGGCUCAAAUGUUUCUGUGGAGGGGGGAAAUUUGGAUGCCUCUCCAAUUGGUGGAGUUAAUAAUGGUGCUGAGGUUUCUUCUUCUAGACCUGCAAUUGACUCCUCGGUUGAAAUUUCUUUGAAUGCUGCUCUUGUAAAUAACACCGACUGUCAACUUGAUCUCUCUCCUGGAUCUCAAGCAUGUGGCUCCAGCUUGAACUCUUCCGAUGCCAGUGCUGAAGCAAAAGCUUCUUUUAAUGAGAAGAUUGUUCACUCUGAGCCCAGUCAGGCGGAAAGUCAUGAAGUAACUGUAGUGAGCAGUUGCAGCGCAACUGUUUAUUCUUCUGCUUAUGUUUCUUCUGCACAACGUGCUGCUGAAGAAACUGGGCAUGCUGCUGAAGAAACUGCAGUGGGCAGUCAGGCCGAAAGUCAAGAAGUAACUGUGUUGGGCAGUUGCAGUGGAACUAUUCAUUCUUCUGAUGAUGUUUCUGCGCAGCAUGCUCGUGAAGAAAAGAUUCAGACUGAGGUCUAG